CACAGAGAGGCUGAGAUUCCUCAGCCUCCGGUGCAGUAAUUAUGCCAUAUACAGAUAAGCAAAUAUGCAUCCCUCCAGAACUGCCAGAACUGCUGAAACAGUUUACAAAAUCUGCUAUUCGAACCCAGCCUCCAGAUCUGCUCCAAUGGGCGUCUGAUUACUUUAGUGCCGUGGCCCGUGGCGAUAUACCUCCAGUAAGGGAGCGAUCGGAAAGGGUACCUUUGUCAAACUGGGCAGAACUCACUCCAGAGCUCUUAAAGGUCUUACACCAACGAGUGAGUGGCAGACUGAUAAUCCAUGUAGAUGAACUGGCCCACAUGUGGAAGGUGCUGAAUCUCCCAACAGAUUUAUUUGAGAGUGUUAUGAAUGUUGGUCGUUUUACCGAAGAAAUUGAAUGGCUUAAGUUUUUAGCCCUGGCAUGUAGCUCUCUUGGAGUUACUAUUGCAAAAACACUGAAGAUUAUAUGUGAGGUUUUAUCCAGCGAUUAUGACAGUGGACCCCCACGUAUUCCUUUUAGCACUUUCCAGUUUCUCUACACAUACAUUGCUGAAGUGGAUGGGGAGAUUUCAGCAUCUCAUGUCAGCCGAAUGCUGAAUUACAUUGAACAGGAGGUCAUUGGACCUGAUGGCUUAAUCAAGGUGAAUGAUUUUACCCAGAAUCCACGGGUCAGACUGGAAUAG